ACCCGAGCCGCAUGUACGCCGGGCAGAGCAGAGCAGGAUGCAUGCUGAACUCGAAGUAGCAUAGCUCAUAACCAUGUGUGAGCUUGUUGAGCAAACACGUUACCCUUCGGCGCAUCCUGAUGUCUCGACAUGUCCGUAUCGUCGUCGCACGGGAUAUCAAAAUUUCCGUCGGAAAUAAGGUAGGCCAGCCUCGUUCUCGUACCAAACACCAGAACCCUCCAAAUAGGCGCCUGUCUCUUGCUACCGUCCUGAUGGUUGGAUGGAUGGUCACCGGUCACUACCGUCCUGACUUGCUACCGUAUCCGUGAUGAUCCGCAUCUUCUGACUUUUCUAAAGUAUCCGUGAUGGUGUAAACAGUAAAAUGCAGUACUGUAAGCAAACUGUCGGUUACUGUGGCAAAGCAUAGUCAGAUGAUACGGAUCCAUGGGAGAGGUAUCACACACGAGUUGGCUCCACAGUAUGCUGGAAUCGGUGGGAGCUCGGUGACAAAGCUUCGGAAUGGAGUCAAGCCGAUGGGUUCGAGCCCCGUUUCGUACCUUAGGUUUCCAACGAAUACCGAAGCGCCGAUUAAAAAAAGCAUGCCGGAAUCGGGCGAGAGCAGCAUCUCCGUCUUCUGUACCUACCCCUCCCGUGGCAUCUGAAAAACCUCGCCGCCCUUUUGGCCUCUUGUGCUGCUCGGCGCUCGCAUCCAUCGGGUGCAACGUAUGAACCCAACGGCGUCCAUAUAUUUCAGCGGACCACGCGACCUGUGAUACUCGAUCGGCUCGUCUCUCCGGCCUCCAUUUACAUUGUCCACUUGUCCUUGGAUUUGCUGUUGGUGGUGGUGUUGCCGUCGAUGGAGGUCGGGAACCGGUACGUGGCCAUCAGGCACCACAUCGAGGGCGCCCCGACGGAGGCCGACUUCGAGGUGAGGGAGGCGCCGGCGAGGUGGGCGCCGGGGUCCGGGGAGGUGCUGGUCCGGAACCUCUACGUGUCCGUCGACCCGUACCAGCUCAACCGCAUGAAGAGGACGAGCACGUCGCACCUCGCCGUCGACGGCAUCCAGCCCGGCCAGAGGAUCGCGGCGUACGCGGCCGGCGAGGUGGUGGCGUCGGCGUGCCCGGAGUACAAGGAGGGGGACUUGGUCGCCGGCGUGCUGGGGUGGGAGGACUACACGCUGUUCCGGCCGUCGCCUACCGUGCUCAUGUCCAAGAUCGACGCCUCCGCCGGCUUCCCCUUGUCCUAUCACAUCAGCGUGCUGGGGACGAGCGGGAUGACGGCGUACGGCGGCUUCUUCGAGGUGUGCAAGCCGGUGAAGGGGGAGAAGGUGUUCGUGUCCGCGGCGUCCGGCUCCGUCGGCAGCCUCGUCGGCCAGUUCGCCAAGCUCGCCGGCUGCUACGUCGUCGGUUGCGCCGGCAGCAAAGCCAAGGUGGAUCUGCUGAAAGACAAGCUGGGAUUUGAUGAUGCUUUCAAUUACAAAGACGAGCCCGACCUGAAAUCAGCGCUGAAGAGGUACUUCCCCGACGGGAUCGACAUCUACUUCGAGAACGUCGGCGGUGAGAUGCUGGAGGCGGCGCUGGCCAACAUGAACACCUACGGCCGGGUCGCCGUCUGCGGCGUCAUCUCCGAGUACACGGGCGCCGGGCGGCGCGCGGUGCCGGACCUGCUGGAGAUUAUCUACAAGCGCAUCACCAUCCGGGGGUUCCUCGCCUGGGACUUCCUGGGCAGGUUCGGCGAGUUCAACGCGAUCAUCGGCGACUGGAUCCGUCAGGGAAAGGUCCAGGUCAUCGAGGACGUCUCCGACGGGCUGGAGAGCAUCCCGUCGGCGUUUGCCGCGCUGUUUCGCGGCGAAAAUAUUGGCAAGAAGCUUGUGAGGCUUCGAAACAGGAUCCAGGAGACUGCUGGCCAUGCCGAUGAUUCAGCACCCAAUAAAUUGGAGUAGUUGAAGAGAUUUACUGGAGUGUGAAAUGCAGUAGUUUUGUUCAGCAAACAGAAAAGAAUAAGCACAUACGGCAAGGCAUCCUAUCUGAAA